AUGUCCACGCGACCGCCGCGCGCGGUGUGCGCCGCGCGAGGUCCCCGCGACGGCGCGCUCCGCCCGCUCCACGCGCCGUCGAUGCCGUGCGAUCGGGAGACGUUCGAGGCGCGGACGUCGACGCGGAUCGCGAGUGCGAUUUUAUUGCCCGAGCGACGCAUCGAUGCGCUCACGGCGCUCCAGCGCGCGCGGGCGAAUGAAUUACAGGCGAUGUGCGACGCGUUGUCGCUGCGAAAGAGUGGGAUGACCAAGGCUGCGAUGGCGGAGGCGAUCGUGAGUCAGAUGCAGCGAGGGGUGCAGCGCGCGUGCGCGGCGUCGGCGGAUGUGCCGGUGGCGACGACGGCGCUCGCGGGAACGAGAAUGGCUGAUUUUAGGACGUGGUUCGCGCACGUUCGGGCGGGAGAGGAGGCGGCGUUCGUGGCGCGACCGGAUCGAGAGGCGCGAGCGCGGUGGGAAGAGGUGUAUAAGAAGGAGAACGAGAGCGCGCUGGCGUAUUACGAGACGGACGCGGCGAGACGAUACAAGGCGUACGCGCUGUUUAACGCGAAGUGGGAAGACGUGCCGCUGAAGAUUCGGACGUUGAUGACAGCGCUCGAUCAUAGGUGGCCGUAUCAUGAGUAUGGCGCUCUACUGUUCGAGGGGGAGACGUGCUGGAGCAACGAUCCGAGGAAAAAUCGUCUCAUCAUCGAGUCGUUGGCGGAGGAGGUGAGCGGAACACUCGAUGAAAUGUUGGCGCGCAGACUAAAUUACUGGAAGAUCUCAUCGGUAAAAAAAACCAUCGAAUCGGAGUAUCGUGAACGUCUUUCGCCGUUACGACCGCUCCCGCCGCUGUACGAAGGCGGCCAGGAAGAGGGGCCGAGACGGGACACAGAGUGGAACAUCUUUGGCGAGGAGUUGAACCAGAUUAACCCGCCGCCGAAUGUCGCAAUGGUCACGCAGGCGAGAGCGAUCGCGCCGGUGGCGGUGGUGGCGCCGAAGAACACGACGCCGCCGAAGAAGAACGCUACGGCGACGACGCAGUCAAAGUUUGGAACGACCGACGCAGAGCGCGCGUUCUACGCUCGGCUUGAAAAGGCCGAUCCGUUGUACGAGAUGAUUUCUCCGCAGGACAAUCCGUCGUAUCCGCCCGGUGACAUCGUGAAACCGCAAAAUGUGCUGCCGAUGAAGACGUUUCAGCAGUGUUUCUUUCUCUCUCAAACCGAGCUUUCGUUCUUACAACGGGAAAGUGAGUUUGAGUUGCAGGCGGUGUGCAUGUUGCAGAACGACGACGUCAAGGAGCGCAUACAAUGGCCCCUGGAUGUUUAUCUUACGGCGAACGAUCACACUUUGUCAGUGGUGAAGCGUUCGUCGAUCAAGAGCGUCACGAAAUCUACGAGAGAUCCCGCUGUACGCAUUCCCGUCACUCGCCUGAGAUGUGGAUCCAACCACAUUCGCAUGUUUCACCGAGAUAAACGCGGUAACUUCAUGAUUGCGGUGCGAAUCGUGCGAAAACGUGACUUGGAAGACGUCGCGGCGACCGUGACUGAGGCCGUGUCCGAAGAUAAGGCGCUUAAAAAUGCGCUCAAGUGGCUCGGUUUUACCAAGAAGGAUGACGAAAUCAUCAUGGAGGAUGUCGCGUUGGUGUCGUUACGCUGUCCGAUUAGCGGUCUUAUGUGCACGGAUCCGGCGCGUUUAAGCGCGUGUUCUGGUUUGCACGCGUUCGACGCCAAGAGUUUCAUACAGCUCAACUCUGUGAGUAGAAAGUGGUCGUGUCCAGAGUGCGGGAAGAAGGGCGGUCCGACUGAGCUUCGCGUCGACAGCUUCUUGAAGAGGUGCACGAAUAUAAUUCGCGAGCGAGGCCUGACCAAGGUGAGUAGGAUGGAGAUCAAUAAGGAUGGUCAGUGGCGUCCUCGCGAAGAGCCGGGCGCGCCUGCUUUGAGCGCAUCCGCGCUCAGAUGGUACUCACCAAAGAUUUCUCGCGGCUCAAUCGAGUGGACGCUCGAGGAUGAGAAGGGCAGCCCAGCGAGCACGUCCACCAAGGUCGCUGCCGACUCCAAUGUGAACACGCCGAACGUCGAAUCGAAAGAGGCGAUGCAGGUGAAAACGGAAGCGGAGGACAACAAUGGCGAGGACUCCGAACUCGACGAGGAGGAGGAGUACAAGCGCGCGAUUCGCGAGGCAGCGGAAUUUUGCGGCGCCCAAAAGCAGUCGUCGGCGAAGAAACGAUCUGAGCCUGACGUCAUCAUCAUCUCAGACUCUGAGAACGACACCGCGGGGCAGUGCGCGAACGGCUCAUCCUCAGCGCACAAACGACCGAAACCAUCCUCAGCGCACAAACGACCGAAACCAUCCUCCUCGCUCGCGCGAAACGUCGCAAACGCCCAGUCGAACGGUCGACCGUACGACUGGAUCCUCGAUGCCAUGAAUCGUUCACUCGUCCCUGGGUGCGACGAGCGAACGUCAAUUUAG